AUGGAUUUUCGAUCAGCACUUCUGGUUGGCUUAUUCUUUUUGAUAACUAUAGCUGCUUUUCCAAGUGGACGUUCUGAAGUGGACAGGUCAAAGCGUGAUGUAAUGGAGUCAAUGAAGAAUGCCUGGGGCGACAUGGUGAAGACACUGGGCGAAGCGGGAGAUGCUGUUGUCCACGUUUUUAAGCCCACGGAGAAGAGUACCAUAGACAAAAUGGUAGACAGCGUGAAAAGUGUUGGGCAA